AUGGCGAGGACUGACAAAUGGAAGGUACCGGAGCCGGGAAUCGACGACAGGCUGACCUCUCUACCUGACGAAAUCAUCUCCCACAUCCUCUCUUUUCUGCCAACCAAGUACGCCGUGGGUACCGCCGUCCUCAGCCGGCGGUGGAAGGAUCUCUGGACUAGGGUUUCCAAUCUCGAUUUCGACAACCGCCUGGUUUACAGGGAUCUUAUCAGCUCCCGCGUCGCUAAUUACUUUCGGCUGACGGAGAUGGAAGAUAGGAGGAGGGAUGUGGAAUUCCUCCGCUUCGUCGAUAGGGUUUUCAGCCAGCACAGGAAUCUCGAUUCUGUACGUUGUUUCCGCUUCCAUGUUUCAGUCUCGAGGGCGAUGCAAGAUUACUUGAAUAAGAGGGGAUUGGCAUUUGGGUCUCAGGUUGAGGAAAUUGAUGUUAUGCUUCUUGAGGCCAUUGUAUCUCAACUUUGUCUCCAGCUUCCAGAGAGUUUCUACACUUUGAAGAAUCUUAAAGUUGCGAAGCUCCACGAGGUUAAGGCCACUGUGAACGGGUCAGUUUCUCUUCCUAGUUUGAAAAUCUUAGAGCUUUGGGAUGUCUUAGCUGAGGACCGUGAGUCCUUGAGCAGGCUCAUAACUGGUUGCCCUAUUCUGGAGACUCUUCGUCUGGAGCAUUGCAUCUUACUAGACAUGAACGAGAACGACGUACUCAUUGCUUCCAUACCAUCCCUGAGAAACUUGACGAUAAUUGCUUUUCUUGCUGAGGAUGAUGAUAAGUGCUUGUGUCGCAUUGCUAUGGAAGCGCCAAAGCUUGAGCAUCUUUAUCUCGAGGAUUUCACAGAGUUAGAGUUUCUAUGCAGUAGUAGUCCCUUGCCAUGCCUCGAUUCAGCUCGAGUUGACACUGGUCGCAGAGCAAGCUCGUAUCAAAGCUUGGUUAGGUUGCUCGCCCAAAUCUCCAGUGCAAAGGAGAUGUGCUUAUAUUGGAAUACUCUUGUAAUGAACAUUUUCCCCUUACUCCAUAAACUACACUAUCUCUUAGUUGUUUAG